AUGCCCGUCACACGCCCAGGACUCGGGCUCCCGCUCGACCACAACACGCCGCAGCCGUACGACAAGUCGUGGAACGCGCGCAACGUCGUCAAGCCGCCCAAGAACGACGGCUUUCCGUCCGCCGUGCUCGAGGACGGCUGGCAGAGCAACACGCCGACGGUGCGCGAGCGCGCCCUUCUGGCGUUCAUCGACAGCAUCACCGACAAGCCCGAGUGGUGGACCAAGGUCGGCAACAGCGAGAUCACAGCCAAAUGGCGCGCCGAGCUCAACGCGGCCGUCGAGGCCGGCGUCGAGCCCUACCACAAGGGAUUUAGCAGCGAGAUGUUCGAGUUUGCCCUCCGCGAGCUGCGCGACAAGGCCAAGAUCUACCACGAGAGCGGGUACGUGUCGGUGCUCGACCUCGCCGCGAGCGUUGUCAAGGCCGACGGCGACAAAGGCGUUACCGAGGCAGUGCGCCAGCGCCUGAUCGACGCGGUCCGCCCGCUCGAGAACGUCCCCGCAGACCAGGUCGACUGGCACCCCGGCUCCAACGAGCAGGUGCGCGACAUUGUCCACCCGAGUCUCUUCCCCCUCGUGUACGGCAAGACGCGCUACCUCGCCGACCAGGAGCUGGGUGUGGCCGACGCGCUCCAGGCGUGGGGCUCGGGCGAGGUCGUGCCCGCCCUCGAGACGGAGGAGGACGUCAAGCGCCGCCAGAAGUGGUUCAAGCAGAUCGCGAAGAAGGAGGCCAAGGACGCCGCGGACGCCGCCAAGGCUGCGGCCGGCGAGGAUGGCGCUGAGGACGAGGACGCUGCGCCCGCCGCAGCCGACGAGCCCGACUCGGACGCCGCCUCGGCCGAGAGCUACAACUGGGAGCGGUGGCAAGCGAAGCGCGAGGCCGAGGAGAAGGCCGCGCGCGCGCGUCUAUGGAGCUCGCGCUUCCAGUGGCUCCCAUCCGAGGUCGACGUGGCCGCCGACGGCAAGGCGACGUUCGCGAGCUACAUCAACAACCUGCACCCUGGGCAGCACAAGGAGCUGUACGGCGUGCUCGAGGAGCUGGUGACUGCGUCGCUGCCGCUGCUCGACGCGACGUACGGCCGCGUGAUGCAGUGGAACGCCCUGACCAACCAGGCCGCUGGCGAGAAACUCACGCCGCCGUUCACCGCGUCCACGUUCGCCACCCGCAUCCCGUGCACCACGAGUAACCGCAAGUGUCUCGUCCCCGGCAUUUGUGCUGCCAAUAACGCUUGGUGCUCCGAGUACAACCGACCCGGCCGGUCGUCGGACGAGGAGGAGGAGGAUGACGAUGACGAUGACGACAACGAUGGCGAAGGCGCGGAGGGUGCCGGCAACGAUGCUGAGGGAGCUGUUGCCGCGGACGGUACCGACUCCGCUGCUGAUGCCGCUGGCGCUGGCAAUCCCGUGUCCGAGGUGGUCACCGUGUCUGAGGCAAUCGCCGUGGACGGCGGAGCAGACGGGGACGACGAGGACGACGAUGAGGACACCGACAUGGACGACGACGACGACGACAGCGACGACAGUGACGGCGGCUACGACCCCUAUGCCGGCCUGACGCCCGAGGAGAAGGCCGAGCGUAUCGCCCAGAAUGAGCAACGCAUCGCCGAGAGCAACAAGAGGGCAGAGGAGCGCAAGGCGAAGUACGAGCGCGAUGCGGCCGAGGCCCCGCCCUACGACGUGCUCUUCCCGGCCGACUACGACUUUGGGUACUCGUCCAACGACGAGGGGUACGAGAAGGACCAAAAGUGGAACGAGCACACGCACCCGACGCAGCAGCCCGAGCCGGCCGAGUACAAGUAUGUCGGGCCGACGUCGUUCAACAAGGGCACCAACGGCCUGUUCAAGCUGCCGAACGGCAAGGGCGGUGUCAACCGGCUACAGGUCAUUGUCAAGCUCGCCAACAUUGAGCUCACGCCCGAGAAGCCGAGCUACGCCGGCGGCAGCUGGCACAUUGAGGGCCAGCUCAACGAGCGCAUCUGCGGCACCGCGCUGUACUACUACGACAACGAGAACAUUACGCCAUCGCGCCUCGCGUUCCGGACGCCUGCCGACGCCGAGGGGUUCACUGAGGGCGAGUUCGAGUACGAGCAGGGUGACCACGCGCCUUUCGAGGCGUACUACGGCGUCAACGCCGAGCUGGACGGCGACAGCACCGUCGUUCCGAUCGGCGACGUCGCGACGCCGCAGGGACGCCUGCUUGCCUUCCCCAACGUGCUGCAGCACCGCGUGAGCCCGUUCGAGUUGGCCGACAAGACCAAGCCAGGCCACCGCAAGAUUGUCGCCCUCUUCCUCGUCGACCCGCAGACGCCCAUCGUGUCCACCGCCCACGUGCCCCCGCAGCAGGCGAGCUGGGGCUCCAUCCGCGAGCUCGACCACAAGCUGCCCGCCGAGCUCCAGCACCAGAUCUACGCCGACCUCGGAUGUCCCUACUCGCUUGACGAGGCAAAGCAGAUCCGCGCCGAGCUCAUGUCUGAGCGCAAGGCCAUCGACGGGGACAUCAAGGAGAGCUUUGCGCUAUCGUCGUGGAACUUUUGCGAGCACUAG